AUGGAGUUUGUGGCAGACUACGAUAUAAGGAUUCGCUACCAUCCUGGUAAAGCGAAUGUUGUUGCGGACGCCUUAAGUCGAAGAAAGUUGGACGCAGAUUUGGAGAAAGAAGUGGAGCUAUUGAACCAAGAGUUGAAACAAGUGAAGUUGGUCGUUUUGGAAGGGAAUGCGAGCGAGCCAUUGGGACUUCAAGCGGAUGGGAAGCUACUGAAGAUUUCUGAAGAACUCAAAGGACAAGCCGGGCCAAAUAAUGCUGGAUAUUACUUGGUGGAGGAUGGAACCUUGCUAAUUAAUGGGAGGAUCACGGUUCCUAAAGGACAAGGGCUGAGAGAUGAGAUACUAAGGAUUGCACACCAUUCUUUACUUAGUAUCCAUCCUGGAAGUUCGAAGAUGUACCGAGACAUAAGAAGAUACUAUCAUUGGCCGGGCAUGAAGAGGUUAACCAAGGUUACACACUUGUUGCCUAUGCGGGACACUGAUAAAGUUGAAGUAUUGGCCGAGCUGUACAUCGACCAAAUCGUGAAGUUACAUGGAGUACCCUUAGACAUCGUCUCAGAUCGCGAUCCAAGGUUCACAGCAUCAUUUUGGGAAGCACUGCAAGAAGCCUUGGGAACUAAACUAUUCAGAAGUACGACGUUCCAUCCAGAAACAGAUGGCCAAACGGAGAGAACCGUUCGGACCAUCGAGGACAUGCUUCGGAUGUGUAUUCUCGAUUGGGCAGGAACUUGGGAGAAGCAUUUACCGUUGGUCGAGUUCUCUCAUUCGAGCAUAGGGAUGUCACCUUAUGAAGCGUUAUACGGAAGGCCAUGCAAAACGCCUAUGUGCUGGACGGAA